UCUGCGUUGUGGUGUUUAUUUAGCUAUCGAGAUGCCUGAGCCAGCGAAAUCCGCUCCUGCGCCUAAGAAGGGUUCUAAGAAAGCCGUGACUAAGACCCAGAAAAAGGGCGACAAGAAGCGCCGCAAGACCAGGAAGGAGAGUUAUUCCAUCUACGUGUACAAGGUGCUGAAGCAGGUGCACCCCGACACCGGUAUUUCCUCUAAGGCCAUGGGCAUCAUGAACUCGUUUGUGAACGACAUCUUCGAGCGCAUUGCUGGGGAAGCGUCCCGCCUAGCGCACUACAACAAGCGCUCGACCAUCACCUCCCGGGAGAUCCAGACCGCCGUGCGGCUGCUGCUGCCCGGGGAACUGGCCAAGCACGCCGUGUCUGAGGGUACUAAGGCCGUGACUAAGUACACCAGCUCCAAGUAACGGCUUUGUGUAGUCUCCCCCUUCAAACCCAAAGGCUCUUUUAAGAGCCACCCACUUUCUCUAU